UUUAAAGUGACGCAUGUUCCGGCCGCCAACACCAGCGGCGCUUUUUUUUUCGCGGCAAAAUGAAACGAUCGUCUGCUGAUUUAUUCCGCCAGCUAGCGCGUGACGUCACGUUGUAGUUGCAGAGAGUAGCUGCGGAUUACCUUGUUGAGAGGAGCAGCUCGUCGGCGACGAGCUCCGUUUCAUAAAGCUGACCGUCUGACGUCUCACGACUAUACAACCUGUCAAAGAAAACAAUGGCUCUGGUGACCGGAGAAAGCCUCAAAGCAGAGCUGGGCACGUUCGACAUCCCCUACCAAGACGACUCUGUCCUCGACAAGAUGGUGGCGCAGUGUAUUUGUAACAGGAUACAGGCAGUGGAGAUGGUCCAUGAGUGGGUGGCCUACAGCACCACCAAAAAUGGAGUACUACUCACCACGGACACCCUGGACCAUUUUGAUCAUGAGGUGUUAAGCAAGAAGAAUAAAUCUAAAAAAAGCCUCAGAAAAGAAGAAACUCAUAACAGAACCAGAGACAUCCACUCGCUACAGGACUUAAUCGAAGCUGAGGAAGAGGAGGAGAAUCUACUGGAUGCGUACUCUACUCCUGCCAAGGGUUCUCAGAAACGAGCGCUGACCACGCCUGAACACCCUCACUCUAAAAGAAGUGCAGCCUUGCUGUCCAGCCCGGGCUUGCUGCUGUCUCCUGCUCGCUUUUCUCCCAGCACGACACCCUCACAGAAGUACAGCCAGCGAGGAGGCAAAGGGGAGGUGGCGGUCUCAUUCGGGGUCGUGCAGGGCACCCGCUGGGCAAGCAGAAAGAACCUGGGUGCCGGCGUCCAGCUGCAGCUUCUGGAAGGGCCUGAAGACUCGCUCGGCUGCAGCUACAAGUACAUGUUCCAGAGGCUGCGCGAUGUUCGAAAUGUGUUGACGGAGAAGAUAGAAGAGCUUGGCGAUGACCUCAGGAAUCACUUCAACAUCGAAGAGUUUGCCCCCGUCUCGCUGCCCGCUCAGGACAGUAUAACAGUGUUGGGUCAGGUCUGCUGUGACAGUAAUGGCAAACUGAACGCACACUCGGUUCUGUUGGAGGCGGGGCCGGAGCAAGGCGGUCAGCUGGUACCUGUUGACCUAUCAGAGCUUAAAGAGUACUCCCUGUUUCCUGGUCAGGUGGUGGCGUUGGAGGGAAUGAACACGACAGGGAAAAAACUGAUGGCUUCCAAACUCUGUGAGGGAGUCCCUCUUCCUUUCUACUCUUCUGAGGUGAGAAUGGAGAUGGAUGAAGAGCCGGUGAAUAUACUGGUGGCAUGUGGACCCUACGCUCCCUCUGACAGCCUGACCUUUGACCCUCUGCUUGACCUAAUCAAUGUCAUUGUCAAGGACCAUCCUGAUGUCUGCCUGCUGCUGGGCCCGUUUGUGGACUCCAAACAUGAACAAAUUGAGAAAGCUCAGGUGACCGAGACAUUUGAGGACAUUUUCUCAAGAUGUAUUAAAAGCAUUGUGGAUGGCACCAAAAGCGUUGGCUGCCACCUGGUGUUUGUACCCUCUCAAAGAGACAUCCACCAUCAUUUCAUCUACCCACAGCCUCCCUUCACCCUGCCCAGCCUCAGCAAGGACCAGGCCCAGCGUGUCACCCUGGUCCCUGACCCCUGCACUCUGCUCAUUGACGGAGUGACUUUGGGCUUGACGUCCACUGACAUCCUGUUCCACAUGAGCGCAGAGGAGAUCAGCUGCGGCACUGGCUCGGACAGAUUUUCCCGCAUACUGAAACACAUGCUGACCCAGAGAAGUUACUACCCGCUGUACCCGCCUGUGGAGGAGGUGAAUAUGGAUUAUGAGAAGUUUCAGAGCUUUGCUCAAAUGCCGCUGACUCCCGACGUCCUCGUUAUUCCCUCUGAGCUACGCUACUUUGUAAAGGAUGUGGUCGGCUGUGUAUGUGUCAAUCCCGGACGGCUAACUAAAGGCCAGGUGGGCGGGACCUACGGCAGGUUGCUCAUUCAGCGCAGAGCUGGAGCCGAAGACGGGAGCCGAGUGAGCCCCUGUUUGGCAGCUCAGGUGGUGAAAAUCUAAAUCUGAAAAGGAAAUUAAGACUCUGGUGCGUGUUGACUGAACCAGGACCAGUUUGAAAGCAGCUUUGAACGCUGUGCUCUCGAGGCACAAUGAUGUAAAAUGUGUUUUUAAAAAUUAAUUCACCAUUUUGCCUAUGUCUAUUUUUACAUGACAAACAUGUCUGGUGGGGUCAUUACUGGGGCGGAAUAUCAGUCUGUCAAUAACGAUCUCUUUUCAAUAAAUAGUUUUUUGUAU